ACGGGCGAAGGUAGACCAUAGGCCGCUCCCCAGUGGGAGAUGGGAGAGAACAAAGCGACAUUGGAAGUGACGAGAAAUCGUUGGUGUAAUUAGUGCUGCCAAAGCGCGUAUGAAUCAAAAGCCUGGCCCGCAGCGGAAACGGAAAUGCUGGCGACAGACGGCCCACUUAGCGGAGACGGAGGAGGCCACUAAUGGAACAGCGCGCGAUCAUGUCCGACGUUGAGAAGGCGACUAAGAUUAAGGGCAAGCAGCGCCUGCCAGUGGAUGACGGAGAUGCUGAUGAUGAGCCAGGGUCAGGGCCGUGCUCGGCGGUGGGGGUGGGGGUCAAGACCACGGCCACAUUGAUGGCCAAGAAGAAGAGCUGUCCGCGACGCUGCCUCGGACAGCUGCUGAAGCUGGUGCUCUCGACGCCCGGCCUAAUGCUGCUGGUGACCCUCUACUCCGUGCUGGGCGCCCUGAUCUUCCCGCUGCUGGAGGCGCCCCAGGACCUGACCAAGUCGGCGGCCAUAGCCAAGAGCCGCGAGGACUGUCUCCGUGAGCUCUGGAUCAUAACGGAGAAACUUAACGUACUGUACGAACGCAACUGGACGAUGCUGGUCCAUGAGCAGCUGCGUCGCUUCGAGGGAUCCAUUGUGGCUGCAACUCGCCAAGGAGCCGCCGGAAUCGGUGGCGGAGCCAGCUUCCAGCCAGCCAGCGCCAGUGCGCUGGGCCACUUUGGCUACGAUGCAGGCGAUCCACAGAGCUGGACCUUCAGCGAAGCCCUGCUCUACUCCGUCACUGUGAUAACGACAAUUGGUCAUGGCAGUCUUACUCCCCGCACAGCCGCUGGUAAGCUGGCCACCAUCUUCUACGCCCUCAUCGGAGUGCCCCUGAUGCUGAUGUGCCUGUCCAGUCUGGGCACGUUGCUCGCCGAGGCAUUGCAGUGCACGUACAUGCGACUCUGUUGCCAGCUGCAAAAGCAUCGGCAGAGGAAGAAGCCAGCUCAGACAGCUGCGACAGCGAAACCAACAACAACGACGACGACGACGACGACGACAGGGACAGCGACAAAACGACGCCAGGCAGCGGCCACUGGCAAUGGGGCCAACUGCAGGAGCUGCAAGUACGAUGCGGCCCACACGGAGACGAGUCUUAAUGAGUGCUACGAGUACGGACAAGGACAGCAGGCGGCGGCCAGGGGCAAGCUGCCACUGGAUAAGCCAGAAGAUGCCUGUCAAUUGUUGCACAACAUAAACCAGCAGCAGCAUUUUUACCAGCCACAGCAGCAACAGCAGCUUCAGCAGCAGCCGGAUGUCAUGCUAAUGACAACAACAACAACGGGCAGCGCAAUGCUGAAAUAUGCCCCGCAACAGCAGCAACUUCAGCAACAGCAACAGCAGCAGCAGCAGCAAUUAUCGACAGCGACUCUGCCGCGGCAACAUCCACAUCCACACCCACAUCCACAGCAGCAACUGCAACAGAAUUUUGUUGCCGUGCCCAGCAGCAUGCUACGCUCAAUGCCUCUGACUAUGCCGCCCAAUUGUUAUGGGCCUGCCACUGCCACGAUUUACUUUCCAUUUGCACCGUCUGCAGCGGGCAGUCCGCAGCACUCCCACCAUCUGGCCGCGACAACAGAUGCAUCCAAUGGUCCUGGCUCUGGCUCUGGCUCUGGGCCAGGGCUGGUCAAGUACCACACGAUUCACUUGCAGCCUGCCACCGCCGCGAAGCAUCGACUGCUGGCUCCGGCAGAGCCUCCCAUCGUGGGCCAAGGCGCCGAAUCCGUGGCCACCCUGGAGGGCAUAACAUUGCCACCGCCGCCAGCCUACCAAACAGCCAGUAUUCACGCUGUGCGGCGUGGAAAGUUCGUGACCAAACCGUUGCCACACGAGAUCAAUGCACUGAUGGACUGUGGAACGGUAGCGGGAGCGGGAGCGGGUGACGGUGACGGUGAUUUAUCCAGCAGGCAUGAUUUAUUGCCAUAUGCAUUAACAACAGCAGCAACAAGCACCGCAGCAGCAGCAGCAGCAGCCACGGUGGCGACGAGCCCACAACUGUCUGUCGGCAUUAAAGCUGCCACAGGAGGAGGCGGGGCCGCAACAAUGUCCGAUAACAGUUUUAUAGCCGCAGGUGUCUGUGGCAUGGCACCAGCAUCAGCAGCGGGAGCAGGAGCAGGACCAGGAACAACACCACCAACAUCCUCGAGUGCUGCGGCUACAUUGUCGACCCUGCUAUGCUCCAGCAACACUGGCAACGUGGACAUCAUGGAGGACGAGGAUGAGCAGGAGCGAGAGCGCCUGAGCAACUGCCCGCAUGGCACGCCCUCCCGGGUGCCGCUGAUAGCCAGCCCCCUGAGUGUGCCCCAGGACUCGGGCUGUGGGCAGAGUGGCUCGCGGGGCCUGUUGAAUGCCACGGCCGCCUCGUUCCACCGCCACACGAUGCAGCCACUGAACCGCAAGAAGAUGCUGCUCACGCGUCGCUGCCAGCGGCAUGCCACGGCCGCCCUCUACGAUGGCGCAGCCACCGCAACGGAGACCUCCGACGACGAGGAGUACAUGCAGCAGGGCAGCGAGCAGUUCGUGCUGCGCAAGCUGCGCUACCACAGCGAGUCCGAGGACGGGCUGGACGAGGAGACGGAGGACGAGUGCGAGGAGCGGCCACACAGGGUGCCCAUUAGUCUGGUGCUGCUCAUCCUCAUGUGCUACAUCAGUGCUGGCACCGUGAUCUUCGCCCUUUGGGAGGACUGGUCCCUGGUGGACGGGGCCUACUUCUGCUUCGUGACGCUGUCGACGAUCGGCUACGGUGAUUUCGUGCCCGCCCGCAGCUUCAACGGACCGGCGCUGCAGCUGUAUGCCUGCUGCGCCUACCUGUUGCUCGGCCUCGUCCUGGUGGCCAUGUCCUUUAGCAUCCUCGAAACGCAGCUGAUGUGGAAGUGCAGGAGGAUAGCGGUGCGACUGAAGCUGGCCCGCACCGAUUGAAACUAAAGUUAUCUCCACAAGUCACUAAUCACCAAUCAAUAGCAGCUCCAAUGCUACUCCCCCAGCCCAGUUAACUGUAUAAUUGGGCAUCAACUAGCCCCCUCCCCUCUCUGUGUAAAUUCGUCUGCCUAGGAAAGUAAUGCGUACUCUACUCGUAUGUUGUCUGAGAUUCAAAUGAAUUUGUGUAAAUAAAUAAAUGGAAUUUUGCAAAAUUUGGAAAUGUCUUCACUGUCCUUGUGGGUCAUUCGAUAGCCUCUCGUGGACGCUGCCUGCAUGCUAACUAGUCA